UUUUUUUCUCUUCAUCUUGCUCCAUGUCUCAUCAGCAAUAUCAUCCUCAGUAUUACGAGGAAGAUAACAGAACAAAUGCGCAAAAUGAAGUGGACGCUAUGUUGAACUCACUUGUAGGUCAACCUCAGCAAGGAUAUUAUCAGAAUAAUGGGUAUCAACAACCCAACUAUUACUAUUAUCCUCAAAAUACACCAACACCAACACCAGCACUUCCUGCAAGAACAGAAGCGAAUGGCUAUAUCAAAAACACGACAGCAGAUGAUUCCAACAAGUAUUAUUACCCUCCUCAAGAAAAUAACCAUUAUGGUUAUCCACCGCCACCAGUAAACCCACACUAUUAUCCACCUAGUAACAAUACGCCCUUACCUCAGCGAGUCUCUUCUAUGAACGAUACGUAUGCAGCUCAAAAUAUGCCUAUGCCAGUCCCUCAACUGCCUCAACACAGACGUCAGCCUUCUGGUAAUAGUGACAUCUUUCGUUACCAUCAUCAACGUAACCCUAGUCAAGGUACACCACCUGGCUCACCCAACCAUCAGCAUAUGUUUCCUCAACCUCAGAUGUAUCCUCCUGCAGGCUACCCUGAUGCUACACAGGAGUUGAUCAACAGCUCUUAUCGACCUACCAUUCAACACCAAACAUCUGAUGUAUCUACUCCUUCAACAGCCAGUAGCAGUACACCUGUGGGAUUUGUAAGACCACCUGCACCUAUGCAACCACCUAAGCGCGGGCAAUCUUCACUUCGAUCGAAUAUGAUCAUGACAAUUGAGCGUCCUCGGUAUGAUUAUCUACCAGAGAAUGCAACAGAAGAUGGUGAAGUACCUUUUAUUCCUGUAUCACCCGACACAGAUAGCGAUGAAGAAGAGUACUUUAGUGGUCAUCGCGUGAAUGAAUAUUCACCUACAACACAAACACAUUCUUCUCCUCCUCCUCCUGUUGUUGUUCCUGCACCUACAGAAGUACAAGUCAUGAAACCUGUGUUACAGCCUGUACCUCAACAAGAACAGGCACAAAAACAGGCACAAGAAGAGAAACCAGAGGAACCUAAUUAUGGUUUGAUUUCUGUCUUGUCUGUUGCUUUUAUGCGUGCAGUCAAGGGGCUCGAAAAUGUUAGAGAAUUAUGGUGUGCCAGCGAAUACAAUGAAUCAUUUACAGGGUCCGAAGCAGUAACAAUCAUCAAGAAUCUACUCAAGGAACAAGUGCCUGAUGAAUACUGUAUCUUGGUCUGUAAUACGCUGAUGCGAUCUCAACCUCCUUUGUUCUCACCUACACAGUAUUCGCAAAAAUCCUUGAUCUCUAAUUCGGUCAAUGCAGAUGAUACGUAUUAUCUAGAAGAAGAUGUGUCUGUGGAUAAUGUACCUACAGGUGUAUUGCCUAGUUUGACACCUUGUUAUAGUUAUGCUUGUCAACCUGGCAUGGGUGGUUGUUAUUCAGAGUCUUGUCCUAAUGUAGGCAAAGACUUUAUCAUUGAGAAGACGGAUGAAACCACAGUACAACAAGAUACUACAAAAACAUCCAUUAGCUCUCCUGCAGGUGGUUGGCUUGUAUCGCAUGAAGCUUGGUCUGCUAGAAUGGACCGAGAAUUCCUCAAGGCGCUAGACAAGAAAGAGAUUGGUCGACAAGAAGUGUUGAACGAAACCAUUUAUUCAGAAGAAAAGUACUUGGCAGACUUGACCAUUCUCCAUGAAGUCGUUGUUAAGGGUAUUGAACAAUCAGGCGUCAUUGAGGCUGAUCGUGUGGGUGCUUUUAUCCAAACUGUGUUCAAUAACUACCAAGAACUGUUACAGAUGAGUGACUCCAUGUUUAAAGAUAUGUUGGCUCGUUAUCGUCAAUACGAAGGCCAAUGUGUGCCUACGAUUGGUGAUAUUCUUGUUCAGCAUAUGCAGUUUUUUGAAGAAGCCUAUGUCAAGUACAGUCCACAUGCACUCUUGGCCAAGUAUUUGGCUGAAGCAGAAAUCAAGAACAAUCCUGAAUUUGACAAGUUUUGCAAAGAACUUGCUAAGCAUGACCGUACCAAUCGUUUGCCUAUCUGGCAUUAUCUGUUGAGUCCAGUUACACGUAUGCAGCGUUACCCAUUGUUGAUUGAAGCUCUUUUGAAAAAGACACCUGAAGAUCAUCCAGACCAUGUCUUCUUGACACGCAGUUAUGAUAUUAUUCGGUCUGUAGCCACGAAGGCUGAUAACACAGCCACAAAUAUCAAGAAACGCUUAGCUAUCUUGCAUAUUCGUGACAGCAUCAGUUUCAAACAAGGCGAAACGUAUGACUUGCAACUAAACGAUCCUAACCGUCGUCUUUACCAUAAGGGUACACUGAAGCGUCGUAGUGGGUCUUUGGAUGUAGCUGACAAGAACGACAUUUAUGCGUUUGUGUUUGACCAUAUGUUACUGAUGACCAAACUUCGUAAGACAAACACAGGGGAAGAAUAUCGUCUUUGGAAAAAGCCUAUUCCAUUACAAAUGUUGGUUGUUCAAAACAAUCCUUCUUCUUCUGUGAAAUACCAAGCUUCAGGCACUUCUUCUUCUUACACGCUACCUCAGACUUCUUCAGGCACUACGUUGACGCUUCAUCAUUUGGGGUCUCGAGGGGGUGCAGUUUAUUCCUUUUUUUGUUCUUCUGUGGAAGAGAAACAGACAUGGGUCAAGGCCAUUGAUGAUGCCAAGGUCACACUCAAGAAACGUCAUGGUGAUUCUGAAGUGUUUGAACUUCGUCCUUUAGACGAUAUCAACUUUAGGAACACUGGAUCUGGUCCAUCCACAGGCACAACCACACGCAUUAAUUGUUCUGUACCCUUUAUUUCCCAAACAGGCGAAAAGAAGAUUGCCAUCGGUACUGAAAACGGUGUGUUCUUCAAGACGGAGGGACAAGAUCAUUCUGUACGUCGUAUCAUUCAAUGCGAAAGUGUAUUACAAAUGGCCGUGAUUGAAAAGUUCCAUAUCUUGGUUGUCUUGACUGAAAAAGCAUUGAAGGCUUAUCCUAUUGAUACUCUGGACUCUAGAACCAAUCCCCGUGCGAUUGACCGUCAAGAAGUCGAGAUUGCUCAACAUGUCAAUUUCUUCCAAGUCGGGUUCUGUAAUGGUCGAGACAUGCUUGUGUUCAAAAAGAAGAAGAAUACCACCAGUGUGUUUACUGCUCUUGAACCCUUUUGUGAUUUACGUGACCCUAAAAACGAAAAGCAUUUAACCCAUCGUCCUUCUAUCUUUAGUAAUCGUCCAGACUAUUUGAGAUGGUUCAAGAAAUACAAGGAUUUCUAUGUGGGUGCAGAAGCAAGCAACAUCCAUUUCCUCAAGGCCAAAUUGAACAUUGUCUGUGAGCGUGGAUUCGAAGUGAUUGAUCCUGAGAAUUUGACAGUAGGACGUGAUAUUCCUGAUUCUGAAGAUCCUGAAUUCUAUUUCGUAACACGCCAUACAGAACCAUUGAAGCCUUUGGCCAUGUAUCGUAUCAAUGACAAGUUCUUGUUGUGUUAUGAUCGUUUUGCGUUCUAUGUCAAUAAUCGUAAUGGCUCACUUGUGCCUCGACCUGACAAGAGAAAACCUGCUACUAUCUGUGAUUGGGAAGGUACACCAAGUCAUAUUGUGUAUGAGCAUCCUUAUAUCAUUGCCAUUGAUCCCUACUUUAUCGAAAUUCGUCAUGUAGAUAACGGUGAGCUUGUACAGAUUAUCUCGGGUGAAAACAUUCGCCUUGCUUACUACAAUGGCGGUGGAGAACGACCUGUGAUUCAUGUCUGUAUGUCACACAGUCAAAAGCCUGAUACACAAGCUUUGUUCCAUUUAGUGUUGAGCAAUCAUCGCAAUUCUGCUGGAUAUCCUCGUCGAUAAAGAAAGAGAAAAACAUACCAUUUAUUUAAUAAACUUUAAGUUUAAAAGCAGGCA